AACUUAAGUGCUUGUUCUAAGAGUGAAACUGAGACCCCUCAACCAAUUUCAUUGCAUAUAAAAUAUGAGAACACAUAUUGAUGAUAGUGCAUCUGGGAAGAAUCACCAUCUUCCAAUGCUUUGGUUUUUUGAUUCUUCUCUGAGGCUUUGUGCUAUUCCUCUAUCUGUGGCAACCAUGUGGAUCACUGUGACUAACAAGGAGGACAACAGCAGCUAUGGAAUGCUGAAAUAUAACAACCUCUCUGCUCUAAAGUAUAUGGUUUUAGUCAGUGCCCUCUGUGCUUGCUAUGCUCUUCUUGCUGCAGCUUGCUCCUUGGUCAGAUGUUUUGUAUCCAAAGCUUGGAUUUUCUUUGUCUCUGAUCAGAUUGUGGCAUAUUUAGCGAUCACAUCAGUUGCUGCAGUAAUGGAGAUGUAUUACCUGGCUUACAAUGGUGCUAAGGAAGAUUCUUGGAGUGAAGCCUGCAGUUCCUAUGGCAGUUUUUGCAGCAAAGUCAAGUUGGCUUUGAUACUCCAUACGAUCACAUUUUGCUGCUUCUUUGUUAUAGCCGUGAUUUCAGCUUUUCGAGCGUUUAGUGUCUUUGAUCCUCCUUUUGUCAAUUCUCAAGAGGUGCAAGGAGAUUGAGAUUACUUAGGAUUGCUCAUUUGGGUCUUGAAGGGGAUUUGUUUCCAUGAUGCUCUAGUAUCUCUAAUACUAAGAUUGCAAACAUACAUGGCAAAAAAAAAAAAAUAAUAAUAAUAAUAAUAAUAUGUAUACAUCAACAAUAGUAAUUUUUGCUUCUUUAAAUUCUAUGAAUGCUAUAUUAGAUUUUGGUAUCCCUUUUGCUUGAAGUAUGAUAUUCCUGUGUUGAAAAUGGCCCAAAGUAUUGUUGUGGUCAGGAAAAUAAACAGGGGAUAGAUGGUGAA